UUGAAAAAUUUUCUCAAAAACGAUGCUGCUGCUUCACUCACUUUUUUAUUUGCAGUUUAUAUCGUCAUUGCACCUGAACUGCUCGCAGGUGUACAAAUCGGACGUAAUUAUCCAAAGGGCACUGUAGCAGGGGACGUCUACAAAGUAAUUGACAGCGUAUUACAUAAGUCACUGCGACCGCAAGUUGCUAAUGCCGACAACGACCCGUUAAUAUCACUGAUGUGUCAGUGCUGGAACGCUACACCGGAAGCACGCCCUAAACUUCGAAAUAUCCAUCAGACCAUCGGAACUGUUUUUUCGAGCUCGAAAGGUAACCUUGUGGACCAAAUGAUCAAAAUGAAUGAAAAAUACGCUCAAAACCUGGAGCGGAUUGUUGCGGAACGAACAUCUCUGCUGAUCGAGGCGCAGGAACAAACUGAUCGUUUGCUCUGCGAAAUGUUACCGCCAUCGAUAGCAGCGCUACUCAAAGCUGGCGAACCUAUCAUUCCACGCAGUUAUGAGUCAGUGACUGUAGGAUUCUGUCAAAUCGUUGAUUUUGGACAUUUGAUGGCACAGUGCACUGCAGAACAGGUAAUUGCGUGUCUGAAUGAUGCUUUCAUGUCAUUCGAUGGAGUCAUCGGGCGUCACGAUGCUUACAAAGUUGAGACAACUGGAGAAACAUACAUGGUAGCAUCAGGGGUACCAAGUGAGAAUGGUGGACGGCAUGUAUUCGAGGUAGCUGAAAUUGCGCUCGAGUUAAGAGAGACAACUUUGACUUACAAGGUGGCCGCGGCACCCGGGUGGCAACUCCGUGUUCGCAUUGGAUUUCACUGUGGACCGAUUGCUGCCGGUGUGAUUGGCUUACGAUCGCCUAGAUACUGCCUGUUUGGUGAUACGAAAGAGAUGUCCAAGCACAAUUAAAU